GCGACAUUAAAGAGAGACAAGCAAGCUUAAUCAUACAGCGAGAAAAGAGAGAUAUAUCAUCUUUAUUAAUGGAUAAAGAUACUUCAAACAUGGAUACAGAAAUAAAGAUAGAAUCAGAGUCACCCAAAAGAUUUACUAGCGUUCUUGAACGGAGAAGGAUCAAGAGAAAAGAAGAUGACGAGGCGAAUAUUGAAUGGAGUCGAUCAGAGAUGCCAGAUAAAUCUGCGAUAGAAAGUCGGAGGGAUUACAUCAUUGAGAAUUUAAAAAAUCAGUUUAAGGAAGAAAAGUUUGCAAGAAGACAAGCCCCCAAGGUUAGCACUUCCUAUAAAGUUUUUUGUAAUAGCGUUGACGCUUUCCUUCGUCAUCUAGAGAACCCAAAAGUCAAAUACCCAAAAUCUAACAGUUACCUGGAAAUGCUGUAAAUCCAGACAAAAUAACAAGCACUAAACAAAUGUCAGUGGACACACCAGCUCAAGACAGUCCAGUUCAUGAAGAAAGGCUUUCUUUAGGGAUUCUGUAUUUAUCUAUUUUAUGAUCACAUCCGUGUUAUUUGUGCCGUGUGGCGGCUGUAAAAAGUCUCCCCGUACAUUUAAUCAAUGAUGUUAUAUUUUCGAUCCUUGAAGAUCGUUCAACACGACAUUAUUGUUGUGCUUGUGGUAUUUUUAUUUCAACUUUUCGGCAUUUUCUAGUUGGGUGGUUCCAAUAUUCCUACUUGAAUAAUGUUGAAUCACCCUUAGGAUAUGUUGCCUGCUUUUUAAAUUUGUCUUUUGACGUCUUAUCUGUGAUACGCAGGCUUCAUAACCUCUGAUCCCCUUUCAAAAUUCCAUUUUAUUUAGUUCCGCCCAUUGUUUUCUCGUUUAGGGCACACGCUUUUUAUUACUUGGGGACCAUACGUCGCUUUUGAUGGAAUGGCACGGAAGUGUCACAUUGAAGGUUCCAUGAUAACCGCCGGAUGUUUCUAAAUUCAAAAUUUUACUAUUUCAUGUUUAAAUGUUGAAUUCUGCUUAAGCCGGUGCUAGGGGGGCGUGGACGGUAACUUGCACUUUCCAGUACCGUCCAUGAACAGGCUCAAUCAAACCGAGCCUGCAACAUUUUCAAUUUUGCCGUGUUGUGCUUUCUUUAGGGAUUCUGUAUUUAUCUAUAUUAUUUGAUGAUGAUGAUGCUAAUGCAGCUGUUGCUGAUGAUGAUGGUGAUGAUGUUCAACAGGUGAAACAUAAAAAAUGUGAAAAUUUAAAUUCUCUGAUGCUUAAUAACGUUAUUUUGCGCGAUUCAAAAACCAUCCAUUGCAGCGAAGUCUCUUCCUUAACAAUGCAUCACUUCUUUGGUGAGCCAACAGUCAAGAAACUGGUAACACAAACAAAAGCAGACGACAUAAAGCCAAUGCCAAGUUCCAUUUUAUUUAGUUCCGCCCAUUGUUUUAUCGUUUAGGGCACAAGCAUUAUUUUACUUGGGGACCAUACGCCGCUUUUCAUGGAAUGGUACUACUGUGUCACAUUGAAGGUUCCAUGGUAACCGCCGUAUGAACACAACUGCGGAUGUUUCAAAAUUCAAAAUGUCACCAUUCUCGUGUUAAAUGUUGAGUUCUGCUUAAGCUGGUGCUAG